GGCUUGUAUGGUUACCCCAGAAACAAAUAUGGCAGACAAUUGUUGACACACUUUUGCUUGAGCGUGAAACGUCUUUGGAGGUAGCUUCACAAAAACUAGAAAAGUACCGAGCGAUCAAUUUUCAACUUAAAAAGUUUUUAAAAAGAGUAUGAAAAUUUAAUGUUAUUUGAAUAUUUAUUAAUUUUUUAUAGUAUAGGCAGACCUCUUUUAGUCUUUAGACUUUUCUGUCUUGAACUUGAUAUUGAAAUUAUAAUAAAAUAAUAACUUAUAACUUAGGCCUAUACCUUUUAAGUAAUUUAAGUUAAAUUUUAUAAAGAUAACAAAGUAAAAGUUAACACUAAUACUGACACUAAUGACUGAAUUUUCUCUGUCACUGUCAAAUGUGUGAGUAGUUAGUAACUAAGUGAUUGUUUUAUGCUACGACAGCUACGUAAUGGUAGUGUUAGGCCUCAAAAUUGUAAAAGGCUAAUUAUUAACUUCAUAUUUAUUAAUACUUUAAAAAAAUUUUCAGUUUAGGUGUCCAAAGGCUAAUAUUAAGGACGGCUGCCACGGCGUCUUUUGUGUGUUUAUUAUAGUUGUCGUGAAUAACGGUUUAGGUUAGGUUAAGGGAUAGAUUUAGGGUUCAGGUUAGGCAUAGAAAUCGAUUUAGGGUUCAGGUUAGGCAUAGGGAUCGGUUUAGGAUUCAGGUUAGGAUAGGGAUCGAUUUAGGGAUACAUUCGUGAAAUUCGAUAAAAUAGUGGCAGUCAUCCUUUAUAUUUACUGUGUCCAAAUUCAAAUGUGUGAUAUGUAUGAAACAUUGUUGUGCAACUUCAUAUUGUCUAGUUUGAAUGUGAACUUUAAUUUUCUCGUUAAAUAAUUUCCAUCAUAUAAGUGGCUGGAAGAUCCUGUGGUCCGUGGUCUGACAACCAUUUUCUAUUCAAACACAAUUGUCAGAAUGCGUCAGCAAAAUUUCACGUACAACCUAUUGCGGCUGUUGCCAGAAAUAUCUGAUACAGAAAUAUGCAUACAUUGGCUAGCUUAAUGUGGUUUAUUUGAUACUACGUUCACCUAUGCUACUUGUCAACAAUCUUGCCCUUGCCAUCUAAAUCUAAGCAACCAUGGCAGGAGCGCAGACGGUAAAAGAAGGAAUAAAAAAUGACUGUGACUUCAGAAAGUCUAUAAGACACAGUUCUUUCUUCAGUAGCAGCCAUCUGUCACAAAAAAUUAAAGAAUAAUGACAUUUUCUUCUGUUUUUUGGCUACGGUUAUUGAUAAGUAUAUCUUGUACUCUUUUAUGCUUAAAUAUAGUAUACAGAUUAAAGUGCUUGACUGUCAAUUACAUUGUUGUUAAUUUGGGCACCCAAACUGGGCAAUUACCUUAAAUUGUUAUUGUGUGGUGGCUUUUAUAUUUUUUAUUAAUUAUUAAAAGAGCUGUAUUUUAAGAAAAACUGCUAAGAAACUAAAAACUCUAAGACUUGUCUAAGUUAUUAUUAAAUUUACUAACAAAAACUGCUUAGAGUGUAUUUAUUAUCCAGGCCAGAGAAUUUAUGGAGGGCAAAAAGAUUAUUUUAUAACACAAUUCCAUUGGCAUGAUAUUUAAUAAUAUUUAGACCUACUACUCUACAUUGCCUAAGCCUACAUUUUUUUUUUUUGUUCUAGACCUUAGUUGUUUUUUUUUUAAAUUUCUCAAGGAGAAUUUCAGGAUAACAAUUAAAAAUGUUUUAUUGACUGUACCAUUUAAACUUAUCAUAUUUAUUUAACAUACAAUGUCACUCCAGCUCAUUUAUGGGUAUAAUAAUCACAUUUUAAUAUAAAUUAAAAAGAAACAACUCGACUUUUUGUAACAAAUAACUAACAAUUAAUCACAAAGAUUUACAGCUAUGAUAAUAAGGAAAAUAAAUAUAGAAAACUGAUUUUGGUUAAUUUAUUCUAUACAUGAAAAGAUUAUACACUUUGAAGGAAUGAGCUAGAAAUGUUAAAAAAUACCAAUAGCUUAAAAUAAAACUGCUUAAUGAAGUCAAUUAUAGUUUCACGCUGUCAAAUGCUUAUUUUGAUUACUUUGAUAAGGUUUUAUUUAUUCUUUCCUAAGAAAUGGCUGGGAAGAAAGGCAAAGGUAAGAAAGGAAAAAAAGGAAAGAAGAAAGGAAAGGGGAAAAAGGGACGAAAAUCUAAAGAGCCCCAAAUGACAGCUCAAGAAGCAAUUUUAGCAUACCAGUAAGUAAUCAACCCAUAUUUGAACUAAAAUGAUGGUAGGGUCACUCCAUUCUAAAAGUGUAGAUAUGUUGUCAUUUUGAAAUUUCAGUUUCUAAAAUUAUACACUGUAUCUAAUUUGAAUUAUAUUAAAAAAAUUUAGCAAUUCAUUUUUUUCUUUUAAAAUGGAUAUAACUUUCUAGCAAUUCUUGCAAGAUACUAAAACUUUGAAGGGAAGAAAAGACCACUUGGUUUUGUUAGUUUCAAAAUGACAAUGCUGAUAGUCUUUAAAUAAGUUCUGUUUCUACCGUUUUUUUAAAGUAAUUAAAUUAACAUUAAAAAAAACACCUUCAUAUGCAGGUCUAAAAUUGUUAAUGUACAAAUAAAACUAAUCUUGUUUCAAUUUUUGCCUAAAGCGGAAAUAUUACAAAUGAUAUUGAUGAUUACUUUAUUUUCACUAUGCAAGGCAUUUUUGUUUUUGAGCAAUUGUUACUAUUCAAAUUUUUCUAAAACAUUUAUUACUUUGUUUUUUUUAUACACUUUUUAUCAGAAUAAAUGUUGUUGAAAAAAAGUUGGAGGAUCUUUCAUAUGAAAUUCGUGGUUGGGAGGAGAAAAAAAGAAGAAACAUUGAAAGGGUAUGUACUAAAAUGCUAUUUAGGAAAUUAGUGCAUUUCAGGCAAACCAUCAAGUUUUAAAAAAGGUCGGGACUUUGAAGCAAUCCCUUUCUUAUUUCAUACAAUAUUAUCUUAAAUAAUUAAGGACUGAGUCUAUCUUUACAGAAUGAAAAAUUGAAACGAGAACAAGAUCUUUUAUUUCAACAUUUAUUGAAAACAAACAGAGACAUGGCAGACCUUUUUAGUGGAGAUGGUAUGAAAACUAGGGAUGACGUCACACAGGAAAUGAUGUUGAAAUGGCAUAGACAGAAGGAAAGAGAAAAGGAGAUGGAGAGUAAGCUUUUUAUUACAUUUUUGAGAUGAACUAUUUAAAGUCCACACCCUUAUCCAGUUGUUAUAAUCUAGUUUCUUGAUAAUCCUUGCUUUCCUUACUUCCAGAGCUGAAGAGUCAGCUGGCACUAAAGGAAGGGGAGAUUAGCAAUGUGGUUAAAGAGGUCAAAUUUUGGAAAUCAUUCCGGGACUCUGGCCAGCACAAGCUGCACAUGCAGAUCAAAUUAUUAGAGCAGGAAAUACAAGAUAUUGAAUCAAGUUUUGUAGAUAUGGAAGGUGAGUGCUAGAUACACCACACCUUGCUUAACCCAUAGCCUACAAACCACAUGCACACUUUGUUUGUUUUUUUAAAAACUAGCCAAUAUUAUUCAAUUUAAUCCAACUGUUAAUGGAUAAACUCAGUGUUUCACAAUUUUAUGCUUUAUAAAACUUACUCUUCAUUGUUAUCCAUUUAUUAUAUAAAGGUUCAGGACAUCUGAUAUAAAAUAUCCUCUGAUGCAAUGGGCAGAAAAUAAUUUUGUACCCAUGAAUACAAAGGAUAUAAAUAAUUAUUUUUAAAUAUUCUCAAGGUUUUCUUCUAUUGUAAAAAAUUUUGUUAAUAAAUUGUUUAUGGACAUGAAGCACCUGGACAAAGGGCAUAAAAUCAGUAUUUAAGUCUUAUAUUGUCAUGGGUACUUAAAGCUUGUAUGAUUUUGCCAAAAAGUUAAUGCAGCAUUUAUAAUGGUUUCACACUGUAAUUUUUGUAUGAUCUGAUUGUAGAAUACAAAUGGGCCUACAUGUGAAAUCUCUUUUACUGAAAAAUUCCACUGCAGGUCAUCUGUCAAAAGAAAAUGAACUUGCAAUUCAUGAACUAGAGAAACUAACUGAAGAGGCAUUGGCACAGCAAAAAGAUAAAGCUUCAGAGGUAAGAUAAUAUAAUACAAACAACAUACUGGAGUUCAAAAUAAAUAUCUAGAAGUAAUCAAAAAGCUUAAUUUUUUUAAUUAAGAAGAUGUGAAAUUAGUGCAUUGAUACCAAUUUUAUUCUACCAGUUGUAAGUUUAAUGGUUGCCUGAUGAUUUUUAGAAUUAUAUUUAAUUUUUUAUGGAAUGUAUAAGUUGUCUUUGACAUUCUGUAUGAUAUUCAAUUAUAAACAUUAAUUUUUUUUCUCCAUCCUUCAAGGCUUUUUCGUUAACCCUUUCAGUAGUGUAGGGUCCAUUUAUAAAUUACCUUCCGUGUUAGGCACAGGGAAAUAACUCCAUUUUGGUCAUUUAGUUGCUGACUUAAAAUUUUAUUGAAAAUCAAUCUUGCACCCAGUUAUAAAAAAAAAUGUAAGGCAAAUGUGUAGAAAAGAUGAAAUUUCCAUUAAAAUAAGUCUAUUUUAGAAACAGUCAUACCUACACAUUCUUCAAUGUCAAUUGAGCGCAACUGGUCAGACCACUCAGAUCUAAAAACAGUGUCUUGAAAUUCAUCAUUGAUGUACUUGCACUUUGAAGAGAUUCUAGAAAGUCAUUUCCUUUCUUAAGAAGGCAAACUUCAUUAAGCAUUCAUCUGCUGUCAACAAUUAUUUUUUUAAAUCAAAAGAAGCAUAAUAUCAGGGCACAGCUGUCAAACUCCAGCAUUACAGCUACACGUACAUACAUUCUAGAGAUAUAUUAUUUGUGAUUACAGAGAGCAUUAACUCAGCUUGACAAGAAUGACAGGCAAGAAAUUAUGGACAAUGAGUGGCUCAAGCGGGAGGUAAUCUUAUAUUUAAAAAAAAAUAAUUUGUAUUGAGCGGUUUUGAUCCCAUGUAGUCAUUAUUUUCUCGACAUAGUUUGAGAUAUCUGAUACAAAAAUAACCAUUUUAAAGUUUUCAACCAGCUUUCCUUUCAAAUGUCAUAUUUGUUUAAUUAUUGAGGUGAGUUAAUUAUUUGCUUUAAAUGGAGAUCCCGUUAUUCAUGUUAAAAGUAUAAGUUCUGUAUACAUAAAUCUUAAGAGGGGAAAACAAGGGAAACAAUUGUGAUAAUUGAUACUUUUUUGUUUUAAUGCAGCUACACCCCCCCCAACCCUCUUCUCCCUCUUUACAACACUUUAUGAUGCCCAGAUUCACUAAGUAGCCAAAGAAAACUGAAAGUUUCCACUUAAAAAAUUUUUUAGAAAUUACCCAAAGAAAACAAAAUAUAAUGCUGUGAUGCAAUGCAUCUUUCAAUUUUUCAAUGUGUAAAAAUUUACUGAGCAACAGUCAACCAUAACACAUCAUGUAAGUGAGGCAUGUAUCACACGAGGCACUUCCAUCCCUUACAACCCUUUUAAAUGAGUUAAUUUUACGCUUUAAGAAGUGUUUUUUUUUUUAAAAAUAUAUAUUAAUAUUUUAAUUACUCUAAAGAAAACCUUAUUGCUUAUCGUGCUUAUCUUGCUAAUCUCUUGAUUAUAACCACUCAACAUAAAUUAUGUUGCAUCAAAUCCUCCCAACUUAGGUGGCCAUGCAUCAAGUUGAAACAGAUGGCAUAAGACAAGUGGUUGAGAUGUUAGAGAGAGAGAACCUCCAGCUGAUGAGUGAAUUGUUUGAGUGCUCUGUUGAAGACCUCAAGGUUUCCAGGUACUCUUUGAAUUAAUUAGAUUUGUCCCAGUUUACAAACUUGACCUUUCAGAGAGUGAACAAAUUGUCUCCCCCUGAAAUACAAUGAUAAUCAUGAUAAGUAUAAAUUAAGCAAAUCUCAACAUCUUAUUUUUAAAUAUUAAAAAUUUCACCACACAAUUUCAAACUCCUGUGCAGGAACAGAUUUUUUAAAAAUACCGGCUACUUAUUUAGUUGUUACAUAAUGUAACAGUUUUUAAUGAGUUUGUAAAAGCAUAGAAUAUAUCUGCAAAAGAACAAAUACACGCACGGCUAUAUGUACGAGGCGUUUAUUUUAGUAAUGUUUCAACUGUGUGAGUAUUCUAGCAAAGUCAUCUCUACCCUCUCCACUUUCAGGUCCUUUUAUCUGACUCAAAUUGAUGAUUCAGAGAAUCUAGAAAAUAAUGGCAUUUUAGAGAUGGACCUAAGCCAAAUAAGCCCUCUGCCCGAUGAAAUUAUUGAUGAUCAGGUCGAUAAACCUAUUGCAGGCAAGUUGAAAAUUAUGAGUUAUUCAAUCAAAUCAAGGCAUUUUGUUUCCCUUAAUAAUGGUUUCAACAACAGAUUUGAAUGAAGUUUUUUAUCACAGCUUUUUAGUAUUCCCAACUUUCAAGUAUUAUUUUACAAGUUAAUCUCAGCAUACAUAAUUAUAAGCUGUCAAUAAAAGGGCAUUCACAUUGGUUACUUUUAUCUUUCCCAAUAGUUUGGGAGAAGAUUUAGACAGCAUAAAAUUAUAUGAUUUUUUUUAUUUUGCUGUUUAAUAAAACCAAAACACAACACCCCCACCCUCUCCCUACCCAUUGCAGCUGGACGACCAAAGAGUGCAACCCAGAAAGCUGUGGAAGACAAAGUGUUUUCUAUAAUUGCUCGUCAAGCUUCCUUGGUUGACACGCAAGAGGACUUUGAAGGCAAACAUCAAAUUAAUUAAAAUAAUUAAAUAAAAUUAAUUAAUUAAAUCAAAUUAAAUCAACUUAAAUUAAUUAAAAUUAGUUAAAAUUAAUUAAUUAAAUUAAUUAAAUAAAUUAAAUUAAUUAAAUCAAUAUUAGUUUUAGAGUUGUCUGACCAUGUAGACAUAUUGUAGUUUAAAAGCCUGUCUUCAUUAAGAAUUUUUUUUUUUAAUGUAAAAAAAAAAAUAAUUUGAUUUUGACAUUUUCAGAUGAAAAUGAAUCUGAUGAGCAAUGUGGAGUCUAUGACAACUAUUAUUUUGAAGAGGAAGAUUUUGAGGUAAAAUAACUUAAGUUAUUGUUUUUCAUUUUUAUUUUAGCAGUGUUUAAAAAUUGUAAUGCUAUCAUUUUGAUCGAAUUUUCUGCAAGUGCUCUAGCCUUUAGGUUAAUAAGAUUGUACUUGAAUUGUGCUUAGAAAGACAAAGAAAUUGAAGUGUUAAAUGAAAAUUUUGCUGGUAUUUUCAUUAACUAAUCCCUAUAAUUUUUUCUAAAAUGUGCAGGAUUACCUGAAACUGGGGCCCUUGGAGCUAAAAUUACUAAGCAUAACAGGAGCACCAAAGCCCAUUCACAGAGCCCCAGCACUAACAGAAGAGGAAUUGGAAGCUAAACAAUACAAACCAGAUGAAUGGCCUGUUACCACAGCCAUGUUGAAAGGCCCUUUACUUCCAACUGCUUCGAAUACAUAAUACAACCUGCGUUAAAUUGAUACUUAUUCCAUUAUAAUUUGCCAAUGUGUGACUGAAACUCCCCUGCAGAAAUAAACAUUUUUUACUUGAGGCCAUUUUGUCUGUUGAAAGCUGGAGCAAUCUCAAACUUUUGAAAUUAAUACAUCCUGAUAAAUUUUCUUUUAAAAAUGUAAAAAGACAAGGUAGUUGGAACUGUGUAGACUUUGAAAUACAUAUAUAUAUUUUAAAUACUUCAUACAAUUGAGUUUAUUACAUACUUUUUUGUAUUAAAAAAAAAUACUGUAUAAAUGUGACUUUUCUGUUUCACUACCAUAAUUAUAGGUUCUUUGUAAUAAAGAAUUGUAAAGAGAUUAUAUCUCAAAUAGUUUAUAUUGAUGUUCAGUACUGUGGCAAUUUUUGUUUAUUAAUUAAUUUGAGGGGGUGGAGAGAAUUCUUGUAGCAUUGAAACUGGUCAAUAAUGCUUGUAAAGAUUUUUUAAAGCAUUCAACCAAAACGUUCUAAAUAAAUUGUUUACAUGGAAAUUUCUGGGAAUUAAAACAAAAACUUAAAUCUUUUCUGUUACGUGCAGGCUUUAAAAUGAACUUCUAAAUGUGUUUGGUAAUGAAAUUAACAAAAUGCAUAGAUUUUAUGAUCCUUCAGUUCUGUUGAGUAGGCAUUCAUUAGGCCUUCAGCCAAGGCAUCAAUUCAGUUCAGUUGAUGUAGGCAUUCAGCCAAGGCAUCAAUUCACUUCAGUUAAUGUAUGCAUUCAGCCGAGGCAUCGAUGCAGUUCAGUUGAGUAGGCCUUCAGCCAAGGCAUCAAUUCAGUUCAGUUGAGUAAGCAUUCAGUAGGCCUUCAGCCAAGGUAUCAAUUCAGUUUAGUUGAGUAGGCAUUCAGCCAAGGCAUCAAUUCGGUUCAGUUGUGUUAAGUAAUCAGCCAAGGCAUCAACAGAACUUAAGUACAAUGAAGCAGUGUGAAACCAAGAACCAAUAAAAUAA